GUUGCUAAUGUAAACAGCUGCUCUUCUGCGACCGAGGUAAGAUUGUGUACGAUUUCGCCGCUUUUAAAGUCUGGUUCUUCCCCCAACACUCAUAGGCCUAUCAAAGCUCGUUUAUAGAUUUGUGCGUAGAAUGAUUCGAGAAGAAUGCACUACGCAAAAGACUGGAAAAACUUCAAUCUGGAGACUGUACUCUGAGGGUUUUGAUGACCAGCGCACGAACAAUUAGCAGAAGCAUGCACAAUGUGAAGACGGCUGAUCAGUAGACAUGCUGAACAGAAUUUUGGGGUCUUCGACGCUCCUACUUGCUUCACCGCACUGCUCAACUAAUAUACAAGAUAUGUAGAGAAAAGAAGACCACAAAGCUCUGGAACAGAAAAGAAGACCACUGUCUAAGAUUUACAUCCAACCAGAGACAAAAUGGCUGAUGAUAGUGCUCCCGUCGUCGUCAGUAAAAAAUUUCUCCGGAGGUGCCGGGCGAGGAAAAUAUUCGAGGAUAACAAGUACCGACGAAUGAGCCACUCUCUCUUACAGCCACAAAAACAUGUUCGCCGACCCCGGGUCUUGCAGUUUUCCACAACAAAAGAACCCAACCAUCAAGCUGGGGCUGCUGCCUCUUAUAACUCUCUGGACCUUCUUCACUCUGAUCAUUUGUUGGAUGAAAACGCACCUCAUCUCCCCAUUCACCAUGCUGACCAGGAACACUGGACACUUGACCAACUGUUAACACUUCCAGCACGUAAGCGGUUGAGAAAACUCGCCAAAGUGUUGAAAGGCUGGUGGUCACCGUAUCCGGGGUUAACUUUCCAUUCGUCAAAAGUCAACAUCAGGGCAGUCCUGACUCGGCGGGAAAAAUUGACUUUGGGGGACUUUAAAGUUAGUCCACAUAACGAGCUCAGUUCCAAAACAUUUAAAGUAAUACCAUACCUCAAAAGCCAAGUAGGGCGUACUCAAUGUUUGUUUUCUGAUUCCGGAAUACAACCACACAAGAUCAAGCCAUCUACUAAAGGUGAUGACAGUGAAGAUGAAGUAGACAACUAUGAAAGUUCCGACGAUGACGAAGGCUUGAACAACAGAUUUUGGCGAAAGCCUCCUCACAUUCCUAAAAAGAGUCGAAUACGACGUAUCUUAACGAACAAAUUCAUCCGCUCCCAAAAGUCACAAUCCAAAAGUUUUGUGUCAGAAACAUGGCGCGUUCACGUCUUAGAAAGAACCACCGAGCGCCAGGAUCAGGAGACCAAUCACUGGGAGAAGAACGAUCAAAAACACAACCCGGAAGAAGGGCAAGCAACUCUGCGCAAAGGGCUAACAUUAGGAGACUUCUGGCCCCCUGAGGAUGCUCGUCGGCUUGGAAUACAAGCAGACGACAGAGGUGGUGUGGACACUGAUGAUGCAGGUUUUGUGUCCGGAGAAUCUGGUUAUAAGAUUGAUGACGACAAUGCUUUAGUCACCAUGCCAACGCUACGACCGCCAGAAGUAGAAUCCAAAAUGAACCAAUCUGUUUCCUCGGCUUUCAGUGAUAAUAUGUCCGUGAAAACAGCAGGCAAAAGUCUGGAAAACUCUCUUGAAUCUGAGCUUGGAAAAGUGGAGGAGAACGAGAGUCCAAGCAGCGUUUCCGAAGGUAAACCCGAAGUAGGUGAUGUCUUCUCAGAUGAGAAAGCAAACGAUUAUGGACAGAGUGACCCUGAAGAAAAGAAAAGACUAAGCGAAAAGGAAUCAUUUUACGCGAGAGUGAAACUCGACCGCACAAAAAUUCGCCCCGACCAGCUGAAGGCAGAGUUCCGGCGAGACUACCGAGAGGCGUCCUGCAAACCUCGGCGGUUUGUGAUCAACAUAUCCCGCAUCGUCUAUCACCGGGUUGCUUUACUCAACAAACUUCGUUCGUGGAGAAUGUCCAAAACCGAUCUGACCACAUACCUCGUGUUUGCUUUCACCCGCCAGCUAGGCGACAGCCUGGACGAGUAUAGAGCGUGGGUAUCUUCCACCUGGACCUCACAACUCGGGGUAAAUGAUAUUUUCGGAUCUUUUGCGCAAUCUGACGCCGAGGCCUCCAUCGGCGAGCUCAUACAGCGCGUUGUAACCGCGGUGGACUCAGUUGACAUCAGUGAUUUUAGGAGCGGAAACUCAUCCACAGGCUCGCGACACUCAACACAAACACGGCCAGUCUGCAGCUUCUUUAUGUUAGCUUCCAUGACAAAAUGGAACAACGGGAGCUUCCAGCUUCCACAUGCCACAGAAUGGUUUGAUACCAAUGCAAUGCUGCGGAAUCUUCGAGACAUCUUGGAGUCUGAAACAGACCUCAACUAUCUCCAGCACGAUUUAAGUGAGGCCUUACAUGACGACAGGCAGCAUUAUAAUUUAAAGGAAUCCAAAAUGGCACCAAAUAAAUAUGGCAGUCGCGUGGCCAACUUGAAUGAGAUACUAAAUGACAGCAACUUGCACCCUUUUCUGGAAGAUUCUGGGACUGCAACCGACAGAAACGGCAACAGUAGUGUCGAAGACCUCUCUGCGCCAGAAGGCCGUGGCCCGAAUUCUCCUACAAUCUGUGCAAUCUGUCUCUCAAACCUUAGUGGCAGUCGCGCAGGGGCCGGAAGCUUCCCUCUGGCUCUACAGCUGUGCAGUCAUUGGUUCUGUGAGCAAUGCUGGAACUACUGGGUUGCGCGAAAAUCAAAGACACGUGACAAAAAUAAUAGCAAAAAUGACAACAACAACAAAAACAACAAAAACAAAAGCGAUGGUUAUCUCAAGUGCUUGAAGAAAACCUGUGUGACUCCAAUAGAGCACGCGACCUUGCUCACACUGCUCGACCUGCAGCACAUUCGCUCUUUCAACAGGAGUAAAACAGACAACUUUUUACUCUCUUUAUCAUACACGAAGCAGUGUCCAAACCCUCACUGUGAACGCAUUCUGUACUCAAAGCCGUCUGCCUCAUCAAAGACCGACCACUUGUCAUUUGUCACGUGCAAAUGCUCGUGGCAGGUUUGUCUGGCCUGUCUUCAGUUGCCGCAUUGGCCAGCAAGUUGCGAGGCAGCCUCAAGAUACCAGCACUUCCUCCACACACAGACACUUGAUGUGCUCAAAAGACCAUUAGAAGACCAUGAGCUCCCAGACAUAAUUCUACGAGGCAAACACUGUCCUAAAUGUGGACAGUUUCGACAGACGACAAGGACUAGCAAAUCUGAGCACUGCGAGUGUGGUUGCCGGUUCUGCGUGCCGUGCGGCCAAGAACUGCGCAAUGGAAGAAGUGAAGAACACAACGCCUGCCAGGAGAGAUUUGUUCUCAAUGACGCGCGGUUCAAGAAGAAUCUGUUGUCUCAGGAGCAGAAGGCAGCAGACGUGAACGCAUCCAAGUGGUACGCCAUGGCCAUGGAGCACAGGAUUUUACGUCACCCUCAAGUCGUAUCGGCCCUCUACUCUAUGUCGGACCUGGUGGCGACCAAAAUACAAGACGCGGCAAGAGAAGGUUUCCAUAUUGGAGACGCAAAGAAAGUGGCCGCUGGAUGGAGAGAGAAACUGUUUUACUGGAACGAAGAAAACGAACGACUAAUGGGCACGCGAAGCCUCAAACGCAGCAGCUUAUCUGGCAACGCGUCUCGACCCUUGUCUCGCACGUUCUCAUCUCUGUCAAAUGACUCAGCAUGUUCGUUGUCCGACACCGAAGACGUCCCCUUAGAUGACGUCAUCAGGAAAGCCGCGCAGAACCUAACUCACGUGACUCUAGAGCUUCAUCACGUGCUCGAGUUCACGUGUGUGCUGUUGGACGAGCAGCCGGCGUGUCACGUACCUCUGGCCACUCACAUGGAGCGGGGGGAAGACGUUUGCGCCGGUCUGGCCAUCCUGCUACAGGAGUCUCACGUGCACAACGCUAACAGGAUCCUCCCGGCCUUCCUGAGGCUACAGGUCAAGGCCAAGCAGGUCUGGGGCAAUAUCAUGAACUUGAUAGAGGCUGACAGAAACUGA